AUGAGGUUGCGAACGAUCCCUGUACAGCAGAGGUCGGCAACCUACGUCACGCGUGACACACGAGACGUUAAACACUUCUAUCUUUCCUUCUUUCUUUCUUUCUUUUUUUUUCUUUUCUUUCUUUCUUUCUUUCUUUCUUUCUUUCUUUCUUCCUUCCUUACUUUCUUUCUUUCUUACUUUCUGUUUCUCACUGAAACCAUUAAUUAUAUUUACAUCUAUCUAUCUAUCUAUCUAUCUAUUCAUAUAUAUUUAUCUCAGCAAGUUUAUAUCUCUCUAUCUCAGCAAGUUCAUAUCUAUCUAUCUAUCUAUCUAUCUAAGACUAUUCCUAUGUAUCUAUCUCAGCAAGUUUAUAUCUAUCUAUCUAUCUAUCUAUCUAUCUAUGUUUCAUUCUGCUCAGCAAGUUUCUAUCUAUCUAUCUAUCUAUCUAUCUAUGCUUCAUUCUGCAAGUUUCUAUCUAUCUAUCUAUCUAUCUAUCUAUCUAUCUAUGUUUCAUUCUGCUCAGCAAGUUUCUAUCUAUCUAUCUAUCUAUCUAUCUAUCUAUCUAUCUAUCUAUGCUUCAUUCUGGUGAUAUCUAUCUAUCUAUCUAUCUAUCUAUCUAUCUAUCUGUCUAAGACUAUUCAUAUGUAUCUAGCUCAGCAAGUUUCUAUCUAUCUAUCUAUCUAUCUAUGUUUCAUUCUGGUGAUAUCUAUCUAUCUAUCUAUCUAUCUAUCUAGCUAG